AUGGCUUACGCUUCCAACCAUGCGGAUGUCGAAAAGCAUGGAGGUUUCGUGAAAGACCAAGCCAGCAGCGAGCAUAGCGACUACGAGAAGAGAGGAGGAAGCGCAAAUGGGGCUGUUCCUGGAGAAAGCUUCGAGAUUGGCGACAGCUGGUAUGCCAAGAUCCAGCGUGUUGCUGGCAAGUUGAAUGUCGAGCAAAGAGGCAUUGAGAGAGUGCCGGAAGAUGAGCGCACCGAGCAUGGAUUUCGCGCGCUCCUGAAUGUGGCCACCAUGUGGUUGUCAGCGAACAUGGUCGUAUCGAGUUUCGCCAUCGGCAUCCUCGCCAAAAGCAUAUGGUUCCUGGGUGUCGCUGAUGCCAUGCUUGUUUGCCUCUUCUUCAACUUGAUUGCCAUCACUCCCGUCUGCUACUACUCGACCUUUGGACCCAAGUUCGGUCUCCGGCAGAUGGUUCUCUCUCGUUUCUGGUUCGGAUGGUGGGGUGUGAAGCUGAUCGCCGUAUUCAAUGUUCUUGCUUGCAUCGGAUGGUCGUCAGUGAAUUCGAUCGUCGGCGCUCAGCUCAUCAAUGCUGUCAACAGUGACGUUCCCGGAUAUGCCGGUAUCCUCAUCAUCUCAUUCUGCACCUUCGGCGUCUGCCUCUUCGGAUACAAGAUCGUCCACGCUUACGAGUUCUGGUCCUGGGUCCCGGCAGCUAUCAUCUUUUUGAUCACUCUCGGAGUCUUUGCGCAUAGCGGCGACUUCGUCAAUGUCAAGAUGGGCGUUGGCUCUUCUGAGAUGGGCGGCGUGCUAUCCUUCGGUGCUACGGUAUAUGGCUUCGGCACUGGAUGGGCCUCGUAUGCUGCAGACUACACCGUCUACCAGUCUGWUACACAGUCCCGCAAGAAGGUCUUCUUCUUCACUUGGAUCGGUCUGAUUGUACCCCUCCUCUUCACUGAGAUGCUGGGGAUUGCUAUCAUGAGCGCCACCGAUCUCAACGGCGGCGACAACCGUUACGCAGCCGGAUACCACGAGAGUAAGACUGGAGGCCUUCUCGGAGCCGUCCUCAUCUACCAUCUGGGCACUUUUGGCAAGUUCUGCUUGAUCAUCCUCGCUCUGACCAUCAUCGCCAACAACUGCCCCAACAUCUACUCAGUUGCUUUGACAGUCCAAGUCCUCUCUCGCUACACCCAGAAGGUUCCUCGAUAUAUCUGGACAGCAAUUGCAACUGGUGUGUACAUUGCGAUUGCGAUUCCAGGCUACAGCCACUUUGAGACCAUUCUCGAGAACUUCAUGAACUUCAUCGGAUACUGGCUCGCCAUCUACGAGGGAAUUUCUCUGACAGACCACUUUGUCUUCAAGCGCGGCUUCGGCGGAUACAACCCUGAAGACUGGGACUCUCCUGAGAAGCUCCCUCCUGGUUUCGCAGCGAUUGGGGCUUUCUGCUUCGGAGUCGCUGGAAUGGUGACGGGAAUGAGCCAGACCUGGUUCGUAGGGCCCAUUGCGCUACACGCUGGCGCAGCACCUUAUGGCGGAGAUGUUGGCUUCGAGCUUGGAUUUGCCUUUGCUGCGACUUCAUAUCUUGGCUUGAGGUAUCUGGAACGAAAGCACUUUGGGCGGUAA